UACUAACAAGCAGCCAACAAAGAACCAGCCAUGUCCACGGCCAACGUCCUACUGGUGCCCUACCCGUGCCAGGGCCACAUCAACCCCAUGCUGCAGUUCGCCAAGAGGCUUGCGUCCAAGGGUGUGCCCGUCACCCUCGUCGUCACCCGCUUCAUCGCCAGAACGGCCCGGUUCGACGCCGGCCCGGUGCGCGUCGCGUCCAUCUCCGACGGCCACGACGACGGCGGGCUCCCAUCGGCGGGGAGCGUCGACGAGUACGUGGAGAAGCUGGAGUCCACGGGCUCGGCGUCCCUGGCCGCGCUCAUCGCGGCGGCCGGCGACGGCCCUGCGCCCUUCACGCACGUGGUGUACGACUCGUUCGUGCACUGGGCAGGGCGCACGGCGCGGGAGCUGGGCGGCCUGCCGGCCGUCCCGUUCUCCACCCAGUCGUGUGCGGCGAGCGCUGUGUACCACUACGUCAACUCCGGGCUGCUGGACGCGCCGCCGGCGGGGGAAGUUGGCGCCAGGAGCGACCCUUUCGCGGGGCUGCCGGGGCUGGAGAGGUGGGAGUUCCCGUCCUUCAUGUUCCACGACGGGCCGUACCCGGCGCUUACCGCGCCCGCCCUCGCCCAGUUCGCCGAUCGGGGCGCCGGUGACUGGGUUCUGGUCAACUCGUUUGAUGAGCUGGAGUACGAGGUCCUGGAUGGGCUCAAGUGCCACUUCAAGGUCCGAGCCAUCGGGCCGUGCGUUCCUGUGCCGGACACCGACGAUUCCGGCGACGCCGACCGCUUUAACUACGGCGCCAACCUGCUCGACCCGGAGGACACCUGCAUCAAGUGGCUGGACGCCAAGUCCCCGCGCUCCGUCGUCUACGUAUCCUUCGGCAGCGACGCGUACCUCGGCGCCGCCCAGAUGGAGGAGCUAGCCCGCGGCCUGCUCGCCAUCGGCAAGCCGUUUCUGUGGGUCGUCAGGGCCAGCGAGGAGGCGGAGCUCCCGCGCCACCUCCUGGACGCCGCGACGGCAUCGGGCGGCGCGCUACUCGUACGCUGGAGCCCGCAGCUGGACGUCCUGGCGCACCGCGCCGUGGGCUGCUUCGUCACGCACUGCGGGUGGAACUCCACGCUGGAGGCGCUCGGCUUCGGGGUGCCGAUGGUGGCGCUGCCUCUGUGGACCGACCAGCCGAUCAACGCCCGGCUCGUCGAGGAGGCGUGGGGCGUCGGCGUGCGCGCGCGCCGCAACGCGUCCGAGGGGGUGUUCCCACGCGGCGAGAUUGAGCAGUGCGUGCGCGCAAUCAUGGAAGACGAGGACUGCAGGGCAGCGUCCGCCCGCGCGGCGGCUCGGCGGCUAAGCGACGAGGCGCGGGCGGCGGCGCGUCGGUGGAGCGAGGCUGCGCGCGCCGCGGUCGCGGUUGGCGGCAGCUCCGACCAGAAUCUGGACGAGUUCGUGGAUUUUCUGCGGGCUAGCGCCGGGGAGAAGUAAAGAAAGGCUCACUGGAACUCAGAGUGGGUAGCUAGAGGAUAUGGCCGUGGAUCUGCAUUACUUGGUCGUGGACUGGUUUUGCUGGAGCUUUUGCAUGGAGUCCUUGCUUCUCGACUCGGCUUGUUAGGCUUCUGUGCUGA